AUGGUUAACCUAACCCUCCGUGUCCUCUCUCGCCCGGAGUUCUCUCAACUCCCUCGAAUCUUCCAAACCCUAGGCCUCGAAUACGACGAUAAAGUCCUUCCUUCGAUCGGCAACGAAGUCCUCAAGGCCGUUGUCGUUCAAUUCAACGCCGAUCAGCUCCUCACCGAGUGUCCCAGCGUCUCUGCAUUGGUUCGCCAGGGCUUGGUUCGUCGUGCUAAGGAUUUCAACUUCGUUCUCGAUGACGUUGUGAUCAUGCACUUAUUGUAUGGGGCUGAGUUCUCCAAGGCCGUGGAGCAGAAGUAG